AUGAGACAGCGGCGAUGGCAGCGCCUUUCGGCGGCGAGCGAGGGGGGCGGCGAGCAGGAGAAGACCAUGCCAAAAGGCGGCGGGGCCUCUCAGGAGCCCUCUGGCCUUCUGAGGAGUGUCUCCAGGGAAGGCUUACACCACUCCUCAGAAGGCGGGCGGACUUCCGAGCCUUCUGAGAAGGCCCGCCUCCUCCCACUUCACCCCCAGGCUGGCCGCAAAGCCGUGCCCCUCGGCAGGGUUCCUCGCCAGCCUCCUCUGGGCCACGCGCCAACUGCAGUCUGGGCACUUCGUGCCGCCAGCCCGCGUUCUGGCAGCCGGUAG